AAUAUUUCCGAGUUUCCAAUUGUUUUGAACGCGUUAUAAAUGAAAAAAGCAGACGCAACAGGGAUCUGUAAACGUUGAAGAAGUAUCCUAGAUUAUAUCCUUGUAUUUCCGUGUUUGUACAUUAGCUGUUCCCGCACUUGGAAAAAGUGGACAAGUGGUGUUUGUUGUCGUCAACCAUGUCCACCUCUAUCACAACUGCAAAUGGAGUUGUGGUAGUGACACAAGUGUUCCCCUUGGUGGAGAGUGGCAAGGCUUCAGAGCCACUUCUGAAUGUCACUCCCCAAAUCCAGAGUGCGCCCCUCGCUGUGCCACUGCCUACCACUAAAGUGUCAGAGAUGACAAGGGUGUUCCUGCAGCUUCAGCCACAAUCUCUUGGGAUUGUGCAGAUCGUCCUUGGAUUGGUGUGCAUGGUGAUGAGCCUGUCUGCUCUUCUCACCCCUAUCCUGUAUGACCAGUUCCCACUCUUCAUGGGAGUUGCUUUUGUCCUCUCUGGAUCUCUCACUGUGGCUGCCCGGAAAGGAACACGUUUGAGUCUGAUUAAAGGGACUCUGGCUGUGAAUGUCAUCAGUGUUCUUGUGGCUCUGGCUGGGGUUGCCUAUAUUUGCAUGCUGCUGACUGUAAAACAUGAAGAUGGUUUCUGCAUCGAAACUGAUGACAACUAUACUUCCAAUUCCAACCAGAACAGGAUACAGGAAUGCACACGUAUGGUUAGGACAAUAUAUACAGUGUUGAAUGGGGUAAAGGGCCUACUGCUGGUCCUGACGGUGAUGGAGCUCUGUGUGGCUCUCACUGUCUGCGUCUUCUCUGGGAAAGUCAUUCACCUCCAUGGGUACUACAGCCUGAGCCGUGGCCGGGGGAUGGUGGUGGUAGAGACUGGUACUGACCCCACCGGAGCCAGCCAGGCCUCCCUGAGCGACAGUGAUGUGGCCUUACUGGGCAGUGUUGAAGAUUCUGACACCCCGGCUCCACCAUACUCUCCUUGAGGCAGAACCAUGCCAUACACCUCACCCUACUUCUUACAACACAUAUUGCAUUGUAGUAUACCCUAUGUACUCAUGUGUUUCUCUUGUUUGAAUUUAUUUCACAAUUGCUUACCUAAACUGUGCAUGAAGAUUAUCAUUAGGAAGUGCGACACGCUGCGAAUGUGUCUGAUUGUUUUGUCAUCAAUGUGAGCAGUCGUGUCCUGGUGAUGGUUCUGUCCUGAUGAAUGUAUUGCUCUGUAGUGGUUCCUAAUAUAUCAAGUAGGACUGUUAUUCUCUUUGCUAUUUCAUAUUACUGUAGAGUUAAUAUCUUGAUUUCUGACAGUGUAUCAUUCUUUCAUUCAGUAAAUGGAAUAUUUCCUCUUCAA